GUUACGGUGUGUGGCAACACUGAUUUUAGGUUGUGGAAACCUUGACGACGCCGACCAUCUUUCUUUCUCAGUUCGUAACAAACGGAUAAACAUGGCUGUUACAAAAGCUACCAUCACGGGUAAGCCCCAAGCCAAGAGGCAACACAUCCGCGCCAAGGGUAUCAAGAAGAGGAAAGUCGCCCUCAAGUUCACCGUCGAUUGCACCCAUCCAGUCGAAGACAACAUUUUGGAUGUUGCCAAUUUUGAAAAAUAUUUGCUGGAGCGCAUUAAGGUCAACGGCAAAGUGAGCAACAUGGGCAAGGAUGUCACUUUGGGCCGCGAAAAGAACACCAAGUUGGUGCUCACCUCAGAUGUUCCCUUCUCCAAGAGGUACCUGAAAUACCUCACCAAGAAAUACUUGAAGAAGAACAACUUGAGGGAUUGGUUGCGUGUCGUCGCUUCUGGAAAGGACAGCUACGAACUCAAGUACUUCCAAAUUAACAGCCAGGAGGAUGACGAUGAUGAGGAUAACGAAUAAGCAUCCAAUGCAAUUUGCUUAAUAAAAUUUAUUAUUUGACUCAA